CCUUCCGGCUUUCCGUAGUGACAGCUAGCUAACUCCAGCCGACACAUGGAAUGUUUACAAGUUUUCAGUAAACGUGUUUUUCGUGUGUGUGGGAAACUCUUCACUUCUCGGACAACUGUAUAACCGGAGGUCUCUUCAACAGCAACCACAGCUGAGUUUUACAUCUGUCUUCACGAGCUCCAAGCGAACGGACAGAACACAACCGAGAUGGCAGACUGUGCCCCCUCUGUGGCCACGGAAGCUGUCCUCAUGCCCAGCUGCGAACUCCCAGAGAACAUGACCAAGAUCAAGGGCUAUGACUUCAACCAGGGGGUCGAUCUCCACCAAGUGCUGAAGUCCUACCUCACCACGGGUUUCCAGGCCAGCAGCUUGAGCUUGGCCAUCCAGCAGAUCAACCUCAUGAUAGAGAAGCGGCUGGAACCAGUGGAGGCAGGAGAGGGAGCUGAGUCUGGUGAAUCCCCCCCGCGCUCGGGCUGCACCAUCUUCCUGGGUUACACCUCCAACCUCAUCAGCUCCGGAGUCAGGGAGAGCAUCCGCUAUCUGGCAGAGCACAAAAUGGUGGAUGUGAUUGUUACCACAGCUGGAGGUAUCGAGGAGGAUUUUAUUAAGUGUCUGGCUCACACAUACCUGGGAGACUUCAGCCUGCCCGGAAAGGAGCUCCGCUUGAAAGGAAUAAACAGAAUAGGGAACCUUUUGGUGCCCAAUGAUAACUACUGUAAGUUUGAAGACUGGGUGAUUCCCAUCCUGGACCAGAUGUUGUUGGAGCAGAACACUGAGGGAACCCGUUGGACUCCCUCCAAAAUGAUCCAUCGGCUCGGGAAGGAGAUCAAUAAUACUGAGUCUGUCUACUACUGGGCGUACAAGAAUAACAUCCCAGUGUUCAGUCCUGCUCUGACAGAUGGCUCUCUGGGGGACAUGAUCUACUUCCACUCGUUUAAGAGCCCUGGCUUGGUACUUGACAUAGUGGAGGAUAUCCGCAGGAUGAACAGCCAGGCGGUUUUUGCCAAGAAAUCGGGAAUGAUCAUCUUGGGAGGAGGCCUGGUCAAACAUCACAUAGCCAAUGCUAAUCUUAUGAGGAACGGAGCCGACUAUGCAGUGUUUGUAAACACAGGUCAGGAGUUUGAUGGCUCGGACUCUGGGGCCAGACCUGAUGAGGCCGUAUCCUGGGGCAAGAUCAGAACAGAUGCCAAACCUGUCAAGGUGUAUGCAGACGCCUCUUUAGUCUUCCCUCUGAUCGUGGCCGAGACCUUUGCUCUCCACGCGGACAAGCUGACAGCUGGAAAGAAAGCAGAUUAAAUGGUGUUCUCCUUAGACUCUCCGUUAGAAACAACAACCAGCUGUGUCGCUCUGGUUCUUCCUUCUUACUUCUAAUUGAACAUAUGAGUUUGAUCCUGUGAACCUUUCCAUUGGAAAUACAUGGUUACCCCUUGGCAACUAAGAGGCAGCAGUGUGAUGUUGUCACGCAUACAAUGCUGCGAUUGAAAAGCCAUAUUGAGAGGGAAGCGAUGGUGACGGUUUCCUGUCUUAAUGCUUUCAAAACCAAUAUUGACUUGUUUAAACAAGUAUAGUUUUUUUCCUCUCGGUCUCGACAGCUGAAAUCUCAAGGUGAGCAGGCUAUAGCAUGCACCAAAGAGAAGGGAUCAGGUUUUAGCUGUGGCGUGUGUGUGUGAGUAUCAGUGUGUUUUAGCGGGUGUAUGAUGGUUUUUGUUUCAGCUAAGAGUUUUAAUGUAUUUCAGUUCAACUGUUUUGACAUCAUCUUGUUCCUGGAUGACAGAUUUGCCCGCGUGGCUGAAUAAAUCACAAAGUUAUAA